AGAGCUGCAGUGAUGAUGGGAUGUCGUGGGCUGUGUCCACAAUGAAAGGCGGAACACCUUCCUGCACCCAGUGACGGGACGGCUCCCUGAGGACAGCUCAAGAUUUGACGUGCAAAAACCAACCUUGGACAUGUCAAACAAAACGGGCAGCAAGCGAGCGGUGCCCAUCGCCAGCGAGGCCUCCAACCACACCAUGGUGUCAGAGGGGCCCCCAGAACGACCUGGAGGCCGGGCUGCACGGCCCUCCCGAAAGGGCAUCGCCUUUGGCAAGCGCUCCAACUCCAUGAAGAGGAACCCCAGUGCUGCUGUGACCAAAAGUGGUUGGCUCUACAAGCAGGCCAGCUCGGGGGUGAAGCAGUGGAACAAGCGUUGGUUCGUGCUGGUGGAUCGCUGCCUCUUCUACUACAAAGAUGAGAAGGAGGAGAGCAUCCUGGGCAGCAUCCCCCUCCUCAGCUUCCGUGUGGCAGCUGUGCAGCCCUCUGACAACAUCAGCAGGAAGCACACGUUCAAGGCCGAGCACGCUGGCAUCCGCACCUACUUCUUCAGUGCUGAGAACACAGAGGAGCAGGAAGCCUGGAUCCAAGCCAUGGGGGAAGCUGCUCGGGUGCAGAUCCCCCCAACCCAGAGGCAUGAAAAACCCGACUCUGAAAACAUCCCCCCCAGCAAACACCAGCAGCACCACUGCAACAGCAACCACCGCGAGCAGCCCAGGGCCGACCCCGACGCCAAGACGCGGGGCGAAGGCGACGGCCGCGGCUCGGACAAGCUGGAGAGGAGAUCAGAGAAGGCUGAGAACAAGAAGGAGCCUUUGGCCAAAACCAACGGCACGGUGGGGCAGGAGAUGCCCUCGCAGCCCGGCAGCCCCUACCCCGAGGCGUCGCGGGGAGCGGGGGGCGCGGAGCGGCCGCAGCAGCCCAACGGGUGGCCGUACGCCUCGCCCAGCCGCCCCGGCAGCGCCGCCUUCCCCCCGGCCGACGGGGACAGCGGGGCCCUGCGCCGGGGCUGUGCCCCCAGAGCCAACCCCGACAAGGUCGCCCAGCGCAAGAGCUCCAUGAGCCAGCUGCAGCAGUGGGUGAACUCGCGCCGGGGGGCUGUGCCCCCUGAGGAGCUGAGGAGCCCCACCAGGUUUUACCCCAUGUCUCGUCGGGUGCCUGACUACUAUUCCCCCUACUCACCGCAGUACCCCGAGGAUUACCAGUACUACCCUCCCGGGGUCCGUCCCGACAGCAUCUGCUCCAUGCCGGCCUACGAGCGCCUGAGCCCGCCCUGGGCUCUGGAGGACAAACGCCAUUCCUUCCGUAACGGGGGGCCCUACCAGCUCCGGGACUGGAAAGAACACCCCUCAUUCGGCCGGCAAGAUGUCCCAGUCUGGCUGCCUGGGCCUGGCAGACAACCGAAUUACCUGGACGAGGUGGACGGGGCGUCGGGCUCCCUGCGGCGCCUGUCGCUGCAGCCCCGCUCCCGCUCCGUGCCGCGCUCGCCCAGCCAGGGCUCCUACGCCCGGGCACGUCUCUACUCCCCCGUCCGCUCGCCCAGCGCCCGCUUUGAGCGUCUCCCGCCCCGGGGAGAGGACAUUUAUGCCGAGCCCACCACCUUCAUGAUGAGGAGAUCCAUCAGUUCUCCAAAGUACGACUACCUGGGUGACAGGCGGCCUGGCCCAGCAGGGAUGUACCCGUACCACUACCCAGCAUCACCCUCCAUCCACGACAAAAUGAUGAGUGAGAGCGAAACCCUGAUCAGUAUGGUGAACAGGAUGGUGGAGACCUCCCCUCCUAGGGCUCAGCUCUACAUGCAAGUGACCCCCUUCCCAGAGGCCUACAGGGAGACCCUGCAUGCCUACAAGAUCAGCGAGCAAGACACUGAUAAGCUGCUGGGGAAGCUGUGUGAGCAGAACAAGGUGCUGCGGGAGCAGGAGAGGCUGGUGCAGCAGCUCCGAGCAGAGAAGGAGAGCCUGGAGAGUGCCCUGAUGGGGACACACCAGGAGCUGGAGAUGUUUGGGAGCCAGCCUGCCUAUCCAGAGAAGCUGCUGCACAAGAAGGAGUCGCUGCAGAAUCAGCUCAUCAACAUCCGUGUGGAGCUGUCUCAGGCCAGCACGGCCCUGGCAAACAGCACUGCUGAGUAUGAGAGCCUGGAGAGUGAGGUGUCUGCCCUGCACGAUGACCUCUGGGAGCAGCUGAACCUGGACAUCCAGAAUGAAAUGCUCAACAGGCAGAUCCAGAAGGAGAUCUGGAGGAUCCAGGACGUGAUGGAGGGGCUGAGGAAGAACAACCCAUCCCGUGGCACAGACACUGCCAAGCACAGAGUGGCCAUUGGUCCCUCGGGGACAUACAGCUCCAACAGCCCAGCCAGCCCCCUGAGCUCAGCCAGCCUCACCAGCCCCCUCAGCCCCUUCUCCCUCGUCUCCGGCUCCCAGGGCUCACCCACCAAGCCAGGACCUGGUGAGCCCAAGCCAAGCUUCGAGCAGAGCAAGAAAGAGACACAGCGAGGGGCUGCCCCUGGGCCUGCAGGAGAGGGGCUCCCACAGAGCUGGCAGGAGCAGGAGGCAGAGAAACAAGCAGCUCUCAAUAAAGUGGGCAUCGUGCCCCCCAGGACAAAGUCUCCAGCAGAGGAGGAGGCAGUGCCCAUGGCUGGUGUGCCAAGGAGGAGCACUGGUGGCAUGGCCAAUGGGCUCAGCUCUCGGGAGAGACCCAAGAGUGCCGUGUUUGCCAACGAGACCAAGGUGAAGAUGAGCGUGGAGGAGCAGAUCGACCGCAUGAAGCGGCACCAGAGCGGCUCCAUGAAGGAGAAGCGGCGCAGCCUGCAGCUGCCUGGCAGCCAGCACCCCGACACCCCCACCACCAAGACACCCACCUCCUACAAGGUGGUGCGGCGGCACAGGAGCAUCCAUGAGGUGGAUAUCUCUGACCUGGAGGCAGCUCUGCGCUCCGAGGAGCCCGGCAAGGUCUAUGAGACCCCCCAGGAGGAGAUUGCCCGGCUGCGCAAGAUGGAGCUGGAGCCGCAGCACUAUGACGUGGAUAUCAACAAGGAGCUCUCCACACCAGACAAAGUCCUCAUCCCUGAGAGGUACGUGGAGCUGGAGCCUGACACGCCACUGAGCCCUGAGGAGAUGAAGGAGAAGCAGAAGAAGGUAGAAAGGAUCAAGACUCUCAUUGCCAAAUCCAGCCUGCAGAAUGUCAUCCCCCUGAAUGAGGGGGAGGUGGACACCCCCCAGGACCCCGAGACCCAGCUGCAGGAGCAGGAGAAGAGGAUAGAGAUCUCGUGUGCUCUGGCUGCUGAGGCCUCCCGCCGCGGCCGCAUGCUCUCGGCUCAAGCCCUGGCUGCUGCCGGCGCCAUCAAGUUCCACGGGGCCACAUUUUAGCCCCUGAUCCAACACCGAACCUCUCACCAUCAUUUUCGGUUCUCCUGGACCCCUCUUUCCCUCCCAACGAGGGUGAGACCCCCCUGGCCUGGCCCAGCAGGGCCCUGCAGUGCCCACAGCACUGGCUGCUCUGCCCUGGCCCACAGGAGACACACCGGGUGCUGGAGGUGGUUCUGCUGGAGUGUAGCCCCUGAGGAGCUGGCACAGGGACACAUCCAUGGUGUCCUGGGCAUCAGACUUGUGGGGAUGGCCUGGACAGGAGCAUCUGCAGCAGUGGCUGCUGGCACAGUGGCCAUCUCCCUGCCAGGGCAGCCCUGGGGGGAGCAGAGGACUCUUUGUGCUGGCGUGAUGGGCUCACAAAGAUCUGCCAAGGGGCUCUUCUGGGUGGAGACCACCAUGGAUGAUGGUGCUUCCACCUUAAUGCUGGACCUGGAUGCUCCAUCUCUGCUCCUUGGAUGUGUCUUCCCCUCCCUGUGCCCUGAACCUGCUUUGGGCAUCGCUCUGGCUGGGGGGGAGUGAGGGGCAAAGCCUGAGCUGUCCCAUCGCUGGAGGCUCAGCAGGAGGAGGAAGGAGCUGUGUCAGGGACAGGAUGGAUGGGGGAAGAUGUGGGGGUGCUCCAGGGGAGCACUGUGCUCGGGGUCAGGGUGGGUAUAAGGGUUGCCUGAGGCCCUGGUGCACC